CGGUCCCCUUUCCACCUCCUGGUCUAGCACAUAAUCCACUCUCUUUGGAUGCAACCUUUUUGCCACUUUUAACCACGUGUUCUAGAUUUCAUCGCCACAGUCUGUCACGGAGGACCGUCGGAGCUGGAGUGAGCACGUCCCACACCAAGUCACAGGGGGUUCGGUCUAUGUAUGUAGACCAUCUCUCGCGGUAACUUGAACAGUCAUCGAAGCGCUUUAAAUACUGACGUUGAUGAUAAUCAGUCUUUCUCUGUAACGAAUUCUAGACUUUAAUAUCUACUGCACUGGAUAAAUUUGCUGGUGUAAAUAUUCAUAGUGAUAAUGCAAAUGCAAGUUUGAAAUAUCUAAUGUCAUAACAACGGCCGAGGACAACCAUAAAAAAAGAACGAAAUCACUGGUGUUCAUUUUUCGCUGAGAUCGUAUAUAAUUUUCUAUAGGACUCUUUCAACCAGAGACCAAAGGAAGUUUUAUUAAUCAAGGGAUCACAACUGAAGACAAUAUAUAAACAUUUUUGCGCACUAUUUUAACUCAACGUCAACUGUGAAAACGCGACCAAGAGAUGACAAUGAAGAAUUGUUUGUUGCUGUUGCUGAUGUCCACAGCUUUAUCGUGGGGAAAGGACACAGCUGCAAGUUCGAACCUAAGCACAGCAGAUGCUGAAGGUUACGGCAGUAAGGAGACCCAGACUCUCGGAUAUGGUGGCCCACCCAAACGCGAAUUGAAACCCAACAGCAUAUACGACGUCAUUACCAUGUCCUCCCUGAACCAGGAACCUCUAUCCAGCACUACUUCCGGUAUCAUAGAGGAAGGGUCCGUGGAAUUAAGCACGGAAUUGGACCCUUCCAUGCCCUCGUGGGUGGACUCCUUCCAGUGGCUGAAUGAAGCCAUAAACGACACCGAACUGACAGAAGGGAGGGAAUUUUUCAGUAAUCUCACUGAUGCUUUUAUGGAAGGUUUGGAUGAACUGAAAGAGAAGAUCUCGUCGGAGAACUUCACCGAGGUUUGGAGGGAACAAGUCGGCGACUUGAAGCGAGAGGUCAAAGGUUAUCUUCAAACCACCAACGUGAAGAAGCUGAAAGAGGACGCCCGCACCUUCGUGACGCUGACCUUCCCCCAAGCCGGGUUCUUCAGUAGCCUCCUCAGUCUGGGUAAGGGCGGAGGAAUUUCCAACAUUGUUUACUUGCUCUUUAUCGGCUGGCCUCUGCUCCUGGCUCUCCUGUACGUCAUCCUUAUCGUUCUCUACCCGAACAGGAGGACCGACAACAUCUUUGAGAAAAACGUAGCUUCGGUGGUAGACUCGAUGUCCUACGUAAUGCACGCAGCUGAAGACAGUUUUCUAAAUUUCCUGGAGGACAUCACCGAACCCGAAGAUUCGUACGGCAGCGCAUCGCACUUCCGUCCUGCCUACGCGUUCCCGGACCCCGAGAACCGCCAGGAGGUCUUUUACAAACCAACUGCUUUCUACGACGAAGAUGGCCAACAUUUCGACGCCGAAUACGACUACAGUUACGACAACAGCCAAGAGAAGUUUGAUGCCUGGGGGAACCCUGCCGACGAAUGGCCUUCCUCGUCAUUUGUGAACCCAAGUGGUCAUCUGCAUAACCCCAUGACAGCUUUCAACCCCGCGUCAGCCGAACCACUGAGGGAGCAAUUCCAGGGAGGCGAUGUCAGCUCCCUCGGGGGAAAUUUUGACCUCCAGAAUGAGAUAGCGAAAAAGGACAAACAAAACUUCUUGAACGUCGUCUUGGGGACACAAUACCAGCACAGCAAACCUCCUGGUUCUCUUGCCGAGGCUGGUAUCGUGCAGGGAACCGUCAGUUCAGAUCUCUCCAGCCACCCAGAACCACCGAGAGAUUUCCGUCCUUCCAAGUCAUCCAAUGGUGGACGCAUUUAUUUCGACACUAACGUGGAUCCCCGUCUGAGGAACCAGGGAAAGACGUCUGCGGGAUUCAUGCCGUCCCAGUUAGAGGAGCUCAACCAAAGGGCAGAUGAAUGGGUCGCAAAGGCCCGCCCUUUCCGAAGGAACGGACAUCCUGCCGGGGAUUCCGCUGAGGCUGACGGAAGGACCUUUAGAUAACCGGACGACGCAGAAUCCCGGUGAAAUGAUCGACGACUAAGGUAGCGAUCGCAAAUUACAUUUAGCUAAUAUACAAAAUCGACUAAGUAUAGUAUUAGUGAAAUAGGGCUAUAGUGGAGUAGUGUAUACGUUAGACUUGUAUUGUAAUAUAAGCCUCCUAUUCACAAACAGUUAUGGUACUGAAAUUCAAGCUUUGAAAGAAAACCACAAAUUUCAAAAGAAACAAUUCCUAAUAGACAAAAUGAGGAAUGAUAGGAGAGCUUAGUAAAAUAUGCUCAUAAAGCGAAAUGAAAAACCAUACCAGCCUCAGAAAGGAUAUGUGAAAUGAAACAAAUAGGUUGAAGUCAGUCUGAGUCUUCUUAAGACACAAAGAGGAAACGGAUAUAAGUCUGUACAUUCAAAAGAAAGAAAUGGUGACGGGAAUAACUAGAUAUUACAAUUCAGAUCAAUGCUUCAGCCACACCAUAAGAUGAAUGACCAUAAACAUAAUCAUCAG